AGAAAAUAUUCUGCUCCCCUUUCAAGCAAUGGAGGAUAUAUAUACUAAUGUUGAAAGUGUCAAAUCUGUUCCGCACAUUUUUGCACCAAAUUACCCAGGUUCAAGCAGCUCUGACAAGAGGCUCUAUUUAGGUAUCAUUAUUGCUUUUGGGCUCCUUAAUGUUUCCCUCCUGGCUGGACUGGUCGUCCUUGGUGUCUACUAUCAUAACACAAGUGAUACGGCAGCAAGUCUGACUGAAUGUCAGCAGGAUGGAAAUAACACGACGUCAUUUCUGAUUGAGGAACGAGACCUGCUGAAUGCCAGCCUCACUGCAAUUACUCAAGAGCUGAUGAAGCUUCGAGAGUCAACAUGUCCUACAGGAUGGACGACGUUCAGCGGUUCCUGUUACUAUUUCUCUAACGAAGCCGGUUCCUGGGAUGAAGGCAGGAGGGACUGCGUUCACAGAGGAGCAGAUCUGCUAGUGAUGAACAAUGCUGAGGAGAAGACAUUCCUGGUUGCUCUCAUCAAGAAGGAAGCUUGGAUUGGUUUAAAUGAUAAAGAAACCGAAGGUUCCUGGAAAUGGGUUGAUGGAUCCUCCCUGGAGUUCAAGAACUGGCUUGGCUCUCAGCCUGAUAAUGGAGGGACAAGCGGAAGAUGGGGCGAGGAGGAUUGUGUUCAUGUCAAUAACAACGGCGAAGCGUCUUGGAAUGAUUUGUCAUGUGAUGCUGCUGAACACUGGAUCUGUGAAAAAGUCCUGAAAUUCACUGUUUGAAAAAAAGGCCUCUAGAAAUAAUGUUUUUGAUUUUAUUCUUGAGUUUUAAGUAUCCCAUAUCUAAAAACAAAGCUUUUAUAAAGUGCUUUAAUAGUCCUGCUUCUAGUUACAAUGGAUUUAAAUUACAAUAAACUCUAUUUUCUGCUUUCUGCAUGUUCACUGUUUAUUGCAAUUUACAAAGUCAAAAAAAAAGAGGCAAUUUGUACACAGUAACCCACCCGCAGUAUUAACUGUGAUUUCAUAGACACCUUUAUGUGAAAUUAAGUGAGUGUAAUUUGCAAGGUAAAGCAACAUCUCAGAGGAAGUAUUCAAGUUAUUUCACAGUGUGACAGAGAUCAGAGUCUGCCAUCUGCUGCAGUCUAAUAUAUGAUUUUUUUUUGUUUUUUAGGUAAAUUAAGGAUCUUUUUGAAACUAUUCAGCGUCUCUCUGGCUGCUCGGUGUUAAUCCCUCUCACUGGUUUAUAGUCUUGCGCAACUAAUUUCAACUCUGAAUAAUAUCCAUCCUUCUCAGAAUUGCAACUUCCUCAAACUCAGUUUAGCAGUUCUCAGAUAUUUCUGGUUUGGCGGCAGAUCGGAGAGUCUACAAAACGUUCAGCAUCUGUCAAAGCAAUGGAGGAAAUUUAUAUGAAUGUUGAUCCUGAGAAAAGUGACUGGCAAAUUCCUGUUGCAAAGAAUGAAGGUUCUGGCGGCUCUAAGAAGAAGCUCUAUGUGGGUGUCAUCAUCUUUCUGGGGCUUCUGAAUGUUUUCCUGCUGAUUGGACUCAUCAGUCUUGGUGUUUUCUCUCAUGAUGUCGGCGGCUUGGCAGCAGAUUUCACCAAUGACAAUCUGACUGAUCGUCUCCAGGACAGUGAUGACCGGCUUUCUGUAAUGACCGAGAAAGAGACCGUCUG